GUUCCCAUGGAGACGCCCCGCGUCCUCUGACGAGUGCCCUCUGGACAGUUGCCAUCGCGAUUGGUGCCGCCCUCCUCGCAGCGCUCCGAGCUGGGUCGCUUUGCAGGCGACUGUCCCCUCCUGCACACCCCGCACGCACCGCUGGCUGCCGCGGGUUGCAGAUUGUUGGGAGAGGAUCCAAAGCAGUGAGAGAGGUUAUCUCUAAUCUCGACCUGUCAUCUGCUGUCGUGGACCGAAGGUGCCGUCUCGUCCUUCAUCCAUUGUAAUGUACCUCUUAAAACCUUCCUUACAUCUAACUGAGCUGUUUUCCUGGUUUCCUGUGCUAGGACUAUAGGGGGACUAUAUUUCAAUGGUAGCCCAUCGAAGAUGUAGAUGAUUAAGAGGUGUUUUCCCCCUCUGCUUUGGGAUCGAAUCACUCUGUCACAGACCAAGGUAUUUUUCUAAGGAAAUGGAUACAUCUUCCCAAAAAUACCCAGUCAAAAAGCGAGUGAAAAUUCAUCCCAACACAGUAACAGUGAAAUACACCUCUCAUUAUCCCCAGCCAGGGGAAGAGGGAUGUGAGGAUGUUAAUGAAGAUACUGGAGUAUUUAUGGAGGAUAAUCCUAAGAGAAGAUUACUGAAUGAUGGGAAAAAGAGAGAAAAGACUUUCUUUGGUACAAUAGACACCAAGCCAGCACAAUUGCCAAAACCUGAUGAGAUUGGACAAUCCCAGCAGUUAUAUGAAGGAAAUGUACUGCAGUCCAGGAAAACAUGGGCAGUCCUUUUUGGCUCUGCUGUGGCUCACGGAUGUGUGGCUCUGAUCACAAGAUUAAUUUCUGACCGUUCCAAAGUGCCAUCUCUGGAGCUGAUUUUCAUCCGCUCAGUCCUGCAGGCGCUUUCCCUCACUGCUGUGUGCUACCACCACGAGCCUCCCUUCGGCCCCAAAGGCUACCGGCUCCGACUGUUCCUCUACGGGGUCUGCAAUGUCAUCUCCAUCACCUGUGCCUACACCUCCUUCUCCAUAGUGCCCCCCAGCAAUGGGACCAUCAUGUGGAGGGCCACCACCACGGUCUUCAGUGCCAUUCUGGCUUUUUUACUCAUAGAUGAAGGAAUGGCUUAUAUAGACAUAGUCACUGUCCUUGGCAGUGUGUUCGGUGUUUGUCUGGUCAUGAUCCCCAACAUUGUUAAGGAGGAGAACUCUUUGCUGAACACCUGGAAGGAAGCUUUUGGCUAUACCAUGACUGUCAUGGCUGGUCUGACCACUGCCCUUUCCAUGAUAGUCUACAGGUCCAUCAAAGACAACAUCAGCAUGUGGACAGCACUGUUCACUUUCAGCUGGACGGGAACAGUGUGGGGAGCAUCCACCAUGUUCCUGCUCCAAGAGCCAAUUGUCCCACUGGAUGGGGAAACCUGGAGCUAUCUCCUUGCCAUCUGCCUGUGCUCCACUGCAGCCUUCCUGGGGGUCUACUAUGCCCUAGGCAAGUUCCACCCUGCUCUGGUGAGCACUGUGCAGCACCUGGAGAUCGUCAUUGCCAUGGUCCUGCAGCUCCUUGUGCUGCACAGCUUCCCAAACACUUGUGAUGUGGUUGGGGCAGUGCUUAUUUUGGUGAGUGUUUUUUUCCUUGCAUGUUAUAAGCUUUCCUGGAAGGAAUUAAGAAGGCAAGAUUAUCAAGAGAUUGUGGAUUUACCCAUUAAAUGAAUGUCAGUUUUCAAUGUCUGAUUUCUGGCUGUGACCAUGUGGAAGUGACUCCUUUCAGCUCCUGUGUCCGAGUGUAGUGGCCAGGCCCUCUCUCUACCAUUUCACUUUUCAGCUGAUGUAGUAAUGUUGGUAUCUCCAGGUGCCUGUGCCAGGUGGAUUUGUUCUGCUGCACACAACCAUUUUAUCAUACCCAAAAGAGUAGCACACAGGGUGCACAGCCAGCACAGCCUGGCCCACUGAAAUGCAGGCCAAGCUCUUCUUGACCUUCUCUGCAUAAAGCAAUACAGAGGGAUUCAAAAGUGACUCUCUUUCAGGAGUGAUGUGGUAGGAAGAUGAGCAACAAAACCACUAAAACGGUCAAAUCAAAUUGUCAUUUCCUCUGUAAUGCUUCUUAAGCUUUGGCUGUCAUAUUCUAAAUGGAGCAAUGCUAAAUUUCUGUGGCUAAAACUUGCAUUUCCUGUGUGUAUAAAGAAGUCAGUAAAGCUUUUUGUGCUUUGUGGC